AUGCCGAAAAGGAAAGCAGACGACCCGCCAAGUUUCCUCACCUUCUCGAGCUCUAGCUACUCCCCCUCACCGAAGAAGCCUCCGGGCAAAGAUCGGGACCAAGUUCGUUACGGAAUGAUCAGACGUCGCGAUAGCGACUUUAGCGAUGGCGAAAGGAAGCUCUGGGUUUCCCGCAGAGCUGCCCAGGACGCCCCCGACAGGCCGAUGUGGACGCCUGAGACUGUCCUUAGCUCCUUGGACAUUAAGGGGCUAAACAAGUCCGGGAAGAAAGACCUGACUGAUGGUUUCCCAGUCUACGGGGAAAAGCCAACUUUCGAGGGUACUCGGCUUACAAACAUGCCCCCAGCUUACGUCGCUCUGACAGACGAAUGGGUAGAAAUCGUUUGUGGUCUGACCACAAAUCGCGAGCGGGGCCAGAAAUGGCCACUCGACUUCAACACACAGGGCGACAUAUCAGCUGAUCGUAUCCCCGUCGACCCUGCGCCCCUGAAAAUGGCCCACGGUUUGUUUUCGUUCCCUGUCUAUCGCAGCUACUACAUUUUGUGCGGUAGGACAGUCGCCCGGGUGCUCGGCUAUUUGUUCCAUGACAAGAGCGAUGGAUAUGUUGGCGCAAAGACUGCACCGCCAACCUACUUCGUUUACGGAGCAGUUUGGCCUAGCAGAAUACUUAUCCGCGAACAUGAACAACUACGCCUACCCCCUAGACAGCUCCAUACUUGGAACCCUGACCAUUCGAGCUACGACCCCUGGCUAGCUGCGAUAGCUAGCGAUAAGAUGCGGGCAUCCGUUGCCGAUGGAAAAGAACAUACCGGCAUGGAAGGAAUUUUCGUCUAUCCCUCAGGAUCUUGUUUCGCUCCUGCGCAUUUGCUAAAAACCCCUUUCAGCAAGCUCUACAGGAUGAGCAUGAAAUACCCUGAUAGCUACUUUAACACUACUGAAACGUGGGUUCUCACCCCCGAUGAGCUAUCUGCUAAGGCUUCGGCACCAAUAAGCCCGGACGAUGAUGAUGACCCCCAAGAAGCUACGUUGAGCGGAGAAGGGACACCAUGCCCAGCACCACGGACUUCAACGCCGCAUGCUCCGGCGCCACAGGCACCACAGCUGCCCGGUUUCGGUGUUGACCUACAACCCCCUGACACCCUUUUGCCAUUGCUGAAGGAUAUCGAUGAGCUACGCUCCGACCCCGAAGCCACGGAUAAAGCAGCUGCUGAAAAGACUGCAACCUUGCGAGAAUUCCUGCCCCAGUACGAUAGAUUUGAAGAAGCUCUAGCUGAAGCCGCAGAAUACCAAGCUGAGCUUCUUAUGGCUACCUUACAACUCCGCAGACCUGAAAUCAAGCAGAUCCUGCAGCUACCAGAACGACUUUCUAAGCUUGAGUCUAUCGCUGCUAUACAAACGGCUACCUUGAAAGAGCUCGCAGACGAGGAGUCAAAUAUGACACUACGCCGCAAGGAAGCUUUCAGGCUUGCACAGCUUCUUAAACGAGCAGCGAACGCUCGAAACCAAAUUAAAACCCUGCUGCCUACCGAGGAAGAAAAAUUAGCAGCAGAGGAGGCCCGGCGACGAGAGAUAGCUUUCGAACAGGCAACGAAGGAAAAUGAUAGACGAGCUCGGGAAAGGCUCGCAGCCCAGGAGCGGCUCGCGCAAGCCCUCGCAGCAGAGGCCAAAGAUCAGGAGGGAAAGGGUCUGACUCUAACUGGCACGACGUCGGAGAUGUUCGACGCAAUGUCAACCCUAUUGCCCGAUGCAACGCCAGUCCCUGAGAUAGCUAAGCCCAACACAGAUUCUACUCCUGAAACAGCCAUAUCCACAACGACUCCCGCUCCUAAGACUGUCCCCGAAACAGCCGCUUCAGCACCGCCAACUGGGAUUCCCACCGUCGUGGCAAGUUCGCUCACGACCGAUGGUGCUGGCGAUGCCGAUGACCUCCAGGACCUGACUCCAGAAGAGUUCGAGAACUACUGCAGGGAGCUGCAUUUGCUUUGA